AUGGUUCUCCGCAAAUUCGAGCUCGAGGGAAAGCUUGGAGAGGAAGCUCGGCUCAUCGAAAGUGGCGUUCUCCUCGAUGAGAAUCCUCUCGAUGAAACCCCCGAAUUUCAUGACUUCCUCAUGGCUUGUCGAAGAGGGGAUUUGAGAAGAUGCCAGGAGCUUAUCAGCCAAGGUGUGAACAUCAAUGGCAAGGAUCACUUUGACUACACGCCCCUCAUUGUUGCCAGUUUGUGUGGACAUUAUGAACUUGUCCAAUUACUAUUAGAAUCCGGUGCUCUCGCUGAAAGAAACACCUUCCAAGGAGAACGAUGCAUUUACAACGCCCUCAACGAUCGCAUCAGAAAUCUGCUUCUCCAAUAUGAUUUCUCAAAGUCUUCAGAUCCUUAUGUCUACUGGUCGACUCACAUUUCAACCCUUCUUGGCCGCACAAGCCCAAAGACGACAGACAUUACCCUGGCUUCAGGUUCUCGUUCCUUUGACUUACACAAGUUCAUCCUUGUCGCACGAUCUCCUUACUUCCGUUCCAAACUUGCUGCUGUUCCGGAAACAACCACUUGGAAGCUUGCUCACACUGUUCCCGUGCAGUCUUUUCUUAUUGUGUUGAGAUAUCUUUACUUGGGUGAAGUACCGCGAGAUAUUGCGCCUGUAGGUGGUGCAGACUCUGAAGAAGAUGUUCUGAAGGGGCUGGGCAAAGUCAGCAAGCAGCUGGAAGUCGAGUCUUUGUGGGAAGCUAUUCUUGCAGGCGGAGACAGGAGGCUCGCUCGACAGCGAUACCAAGCCGAGGUCGAGCGGGCGAGAGGACAAUUCGAGGACUUUUUCAAACAAAAUGUCCUGGGCCACAAGAUGAUAGUUGAUACAGACCAGGUAAAGAACGUCAAGUGGAAGUACGACAACUCCAUGUUCGCCGAUGUUAUCCUCCGCGCCGACGAGCCCAUCGAUAUCGAGGAUGAGAAGUCAGGUCAAGCAACCCCCACGGAAGACGGCCCUACCAUACCCAUUGGCCCAGCUGGAGACCAGGAAUCUGUCGUCAAGCGCAAGUCCGUCCUCUAUCCCGCCCACAAGGCCAUGCUCAUCCGCAGCGAGUACUUUGAGAAGAUGUUCUCUGGCGACUUUGUCGAAUCCCAGCGCGAUGAUCAUCUCCGAAUUAUCACUGUUGACUGCACACCUGCAGUUCUCGAGAUCAUCCUUGCUUUCCUCUACACCGAAUCCGCGGUGUGUCCCCUCGAGCACGCUCUGGAUCUGCUAUACGCCGCAGAUAUGCUCUUCCUUGAUGGUCUUAAAAGCAAAGCCGCCCAGGCUAUCAGCACUCUUGGUAGUGGAAACGCCAAUGCACUCGUGGACCGUACACACGGCGAGGCGCAAAGGAAUGGCGAAGCUGGGUCGGAAGUUGAGGAAGCCGAGAUGGAGCCCAUCAACAUCUACGACGUUAUCCAUGCAGCAUGGGAUCUUCGUGUCCAGCGCCUAGAAGAGUUCGCAGCGCGUUAUUUGGCAUAUCGCCUAGAGGACUACAUAGACGAGGAAGAUUUCCAGGCACUCAUCGCCGAGUCUGCCCAACGUAUCACUGUGCGAGAAGAGACGGAUACUAUCGAACUGCUGGAUGAUAUUCGAUACUACCUGGGUGAUAGAUUCAGACUGCGCUUCGAGGAUGUUGGUUUUGAGGAUAUGAUGGACGAGUCGGGAGACAUUAUCGAUGCUGAUUUGGCUGCUGCCAUGGCACAACAAGCAGAUAUAUCCGCAGAUGCGACGAACGGUAUUUCAAAUCAGAGCCAGAACGGAGUACAGGAGAAUGGGGAUGGGGAAGCCAAAGACGGAGAGGCUGUACGAACGCUGGACGGAGCUGAAGCAGAGGAUGAGUUUGCUUCAGAUGCCAUCAACUACCAGAUCCUACAGCGCAAGAUCGAUGCCAUGCUUGAUCGUCUCAAGCUAGAUGCAUAA